AUGGCCAGUGGCCAGUCUACGGGCCUCGGCAUCCUCCACUCCUCCACUCCUCCAUUGUUCUCUUGCAUUCCUACCGACACGCGUAGUUCAAAGAGCGGUCUCAUGACAGCUUUUGAUAGGAUCCCCAACGUUUUGCGCCUUCUCUGUCAACCUGAAACGCCAUAUCAGCCCAUGUUCAUCCGCUUAUAA